GUGUCCUAAGCUAGCUACCCUAUUGACUAUAAUUUCCAAAAACAAAAAUAGUCUGCAUGGCAAGCAUGGCUGGAAUAUAAUAACCUAAUGAGAUAAACUGUAAUUUUAACCGAGUAGCUGCAAAAAAGAUGUCAAUCUGCUAGCAACAAAAAGAAAAUGGGCCUGCCACUAAUUCCCGUUUCAUUGACAGUCAGGAAUAAACUCAUAAUCCUCUCCUCUUUAGGCCUUUUUGUUUACUCUUUGCUCUCGGAUUUUUUCAUACCUGGCUACCCUCUUUAUUCUCUGUUUGUGAAUAUCAUACAAAGCAUCUUUUUAUUUUUCUAUAGUUGUUCUUCUUUCACCUUAUUUACAGCUAAUCGAAACAUAAACUCUUUAAUGCUAAAGAAAGGUUCAAGAAGAGCGAGCUCAUCAAGAGGAGCGCGCAUCUUCUCUGAAGACAAUAGCGUGCAUAAAUUUAGCAGAAUCAAGAACACAAACCUUCUUGAAGACGACGAUGACAUUUACAAUACAAGAAAUAGACAAGAUCAGUUCUUAACUAAUUCCAACUCGAGCUCGCCUUAUAAUGAUCGUUCUUCUUCCUCUCCAAUGGACAAGUCUCCGUGGUCCUCUCAGACGAACGUCAACGUUCCUUUUGAAGACAAUGAUGAUAAUUCCUCUCCUAAUGUGCUAAUGGGAUCCCUAGUACGUGAAGAAGGUCAUAUUUAUUCCUUGGCUACAUCUGGUGAUCUUCUGUAUACAGGUUCUGAUAGCAAGAAUAUAAGGGUUUGGAGGAAUCAGAAGGAGUUUGCGGGUUUUAAAUCGAAUAGUGGAUUGGUUAAAGCAAUUGUGAUUUCUGGUGAAAGAAUAUUUACAGGCCAUCAAGAUGGUAAAAUAAGGGUAUGGAAGGUAUCUUCCAAGGAUCCAAGUGUUCAUAAACGUGUAGGCACCUUACCAACCAUGAAGGAUUACAUCAAGAACUCGAUGAAAACAGGUAAUUAUUUUGAAGUUAGACGUCAUAAGAAUUCGGUAUGGUUCAGACACUAUGACGCAAUUUCAUGUCUUAGCUUGAGCGAAGAUAAGACGUUUCUUUAUUCAUCAUCAUGGGACAAGACCUUCAAAGUUUGGAGAAUUUCCAAUUCCAGAUGCAUUGAAUCAGUCAUUGCUCAUGAUGAUUCUGUUAAUUCAAUCGUAGCCGGAUACGAUGGCCUAGUCUUCACAGGAUCAGCAGAUGGAACUGUCAAGGUUUGGAGGAGAGAAUUACAAGGGAAAGGAACCAAACAUUUCUUUUCACAAACGUUGCUGAAACAAGAAUGUGCCGUUACAGCAGUGGCAGUUAAUCCUGAUACCACAGUUGUCUAUUGUGGCUCAUCAGAUGGGCUUGUUAACUUCUGGGGGCGUGAAAACCAUUUAUCUCAUGGUGGUGUUUUAAGAGGUCAUAAAUUGGCCGUUCUGUGCUUGAUUACUGCAGGGAACCUUGUGCUUAGUGGCUCAGCUGAUAUGGGAAUAUGUGUGUGGAGGAGAAUGGGAAUUGAUCACACGUGCUUGUCAUUGUUAACAGGCCACAAUGGACCUGUUAAGUGCUUGGCAGCAGAGAGAGACGACGAGUCCAAAUCCAACGGGAGGCGAUGGAUUUUGUAUAGUGGUAGUCUAGAUAAAUCUGUGAAGAUGUGGAGAGUGUCUGAAAACUCACCUCCAAUGGCGUGGAAAGGAUGCGCUAGCAGUGCUCCUAUCGCCAUACCAAGCUCACUGCCAGCAGCUCCAAGCUUCCCAGCUCAGAGCAGGGUUAACGAUGUACAGAAUUAAAGGAAACAAAAGGGUUUGACUGCUUGCUUUUUCGUGUCUAAAUGUAAUUUGUUACCUUUCAAUAUCUGGUGGCGGAUUUGGGUUUUAUUAGUUUUUCCUUAGAAACUGAAAGCUGAAAAAAUGAAAUUGCAAAUU